CCGCAUCGCGUAAAGGGCCGCAAGCUCCUGUACAUACAGGGAGGACAAUGUGCUUACUCUGCCACUUACCUAUCUCAACGCUCGAUCUCCCAGCUCUAUCAGCGAGCCAAUGAGCGGCAACAGCAAAGCCGAGGUGCCCUUCCAUUUUCUUGUCUCUCUCUUCGAGGCAAUUGCGCGUAUCAAACCUAAAGACGCGUCGGCUCCUCAGUCAGCGCGUGGAGCCCAUCCGGCACUCGCAAUACUGCGUGACUGGAUUACUGAACUAAGGAAACGCUAUGCCACUCAAUCGCCUCAGGUGGCUGCCCGGAUCCAGAGGCUUCUGUUCCCGGAGGACGACGCCCACCGUCGAUACGACCUGCAGGAACCCCGACUGGCGCAGUACAUCAGCGCGUGUCUGAAUCCGGCCAACUUCGCACCGACAACCAAGGCACGUCUCACGGGCUGGUCAAACUGGGAGGGCACGGGCUGUCUCGGUUUAGAGGUCGCGCGACUGGCUAAGGGGUCAACUCCUCACUCCACUCUGACGGUAUCUGACGUGGACGUGCUGCUUGACGAACUCGCAAGCUCCUCGCAUUUUAGCGGUCAAGAUAUUGUGGACAGGAGUGCCACUUCUCGGCGCACAAAAGGGGCGGUACUAAACUCGCUCUACGGCUCCCUCUCGGGGCCCGAGGCCUGCUACGUGACCCAGAUUAUUCUCAAGGAUCUUCGACCGCUCCUUUACUGUACCCCCGGCUCGCACAGUACACGUGCGCUGGUAGACUUUAACGCGCGCUCGAUCAGGACGCUGACACGAGCGCAAUUUAUGUGGACCUGGGACCCCAGCGGCCGAAUGUCCCGUGUGUUUGAGAUGCGGUCUGACGAGAAUCACGCCGCGCUGGGACACGAAGCCAGCCUUUACACGCUCGACACGCACCCACAGGUCGGUUCGAUGAUUAAUAUUCCGAAGAGUGCCAAGGGUAGAGGAGUUGCUCAUGCUUUGAGUAUACUUGAUGACGCCAACAUCAUAUGGGCUGAGACCAAGUAUGACGGGGAGCGUGCGCAGAUCCACGUCCGGUACACCGACGAUGGACCUUGCAUCAAGAUUUUUAGUAAAAGCAAGCGUGACUCGACUGAGGACCGUGCCGCCGUUCAUCCGAUUAUUCUGGAAGCUCUGAGCAUUGGAAACCGGGAGAACAUUAUACUGGAUGCCGAAAUGGUCGCAUAUUCUGAGGAUAGGGACGCUGUUGAUGAGUUCUGGCGCAUAGGGGGCCUGAUAGCCAACACCGCCCAUACGGCCAGAGCGCGGUUCCUACGAAACAAUGGAAACGAUGGAAAUGAAGGGGGGGUGGCGAACACUCAAACGACGGAACCUAAUUGCCACCUGGUGCUCGUGUUUUUCGACGUACUGUUCAUCGGACAUGCGUCCCUGCUCCAUGUCCCGUAUUCUGCCCGCCGUUCGAUGCUGGAGUCUGUGAUCAAGGUCGUCCCUGGGCGCUCGAUGCUUGCCAAACGUCGUAGUGUUGAAGCCGGCAGAGACGAUUCGCUGCCGAUGUUGCGCUCGAUAUGGGCGGAGAGCAUUGCUGAUCACGAGGAGGGGCUUGUCUUGAAGGCGUCCAACGGCCGCUACAACGAUAGGAGGCUGCCGUGGGUCAAGCUGAAGAAGGACUAUGUCCCGGGAUAUGGAGACACUAUUGACCUCGUACUCGUGGCCGCCGCCUGGGAGAAGGACCGGGGCAGGGAGUUAAGGGUGCCCCCCACGACGUUCACCACGUUUUAUAUCGGCGUGUUAGCCAACAGCUCGGCGCCGGAGAGUGGCGUCGAGACGCGGCCGCAUUUCGAGGUGUACUUCACGGCGUCGUACGGCCUGUCCAGGGAGCAGCUGGAGGAAUUAAACUUCUGGAUUAGAUCGGACACUGUUGACCACGAAGAGGUCAAGGACGCCGAACUUGAGUACUCGUACAGUCUUCUGCCCGGUCUUCCCGCACCUUCUGCCUUCGUUCGUCAGCCGCUGCUGGCUGAACUGUGCGGAGCGGGAUUCACGAAAUCAUCUCAGAGCAAGUACUACGAGCUACGCUUCCCACGGAUAACGAAAGUGUUCCGACCUGCGGAAAGGCACUGGCGCGAAGGUCUUUCCUUGCGUGACCUUGACAGCAUCGCCUUGGAUUCCGUUGGAAAGGACAGGGUUCACAAGGAUAUCGACGACUGGGGCAAGGGAGUAUGGGGUAAAGUGGCUAGUCCGGGGGUCAAGUGCACACCCAAAAGGGAACGCACUAGGGAUGAAUGGGAACAUAAACUCGAACAACUGGACAUGCGCUCCAAGAGACGCAGAGGUGCCAGCGAGCCCCUGGAGUUCUCGCCGUAGUCUAUCGCCUGCGCGAAGCCGUAUCAGACCGCGCCUCCGCGAUACUCGCGUCCGGGACGGCUUCUUUGGCGGCGUUUGCGGGUCCAUAUUCUCUGCACAUGAAUGAUCAAACGUUCGAUAGGCGCCU